UAAUCCAACACUAGUUUUCAUUCAACUGAAUGUGAGCGAAAUCCUUCAACUGGGUUAAAUGUCACUGUCAAUGUCAUUGUGAUAACGGCGGGAAUCGAAUUAUUUAUUUACUUGUUGUUUGUUUGUUGGAAUUUCACUCUCAAUUACGAAAAUGUGUGGCUUGCAAACAGAAAAUCCACUAGAGGUGCAAAUAAAACUCAUUCGAAAGUACUUGAAACUUAAAAUUAUGGCGGAUAAUGAAUCAUUUCACGGGCACCCACAAGAAAGGAAUCAUGUUUACGAUUUGUUUAAACGUACGGUUGCUCACGGAGAAUCUCACUCAGCGCUCAUGAUUGGACCUAGGGGCAGCGGGAAAACUACACUAAUAAACUCUGUUCUCCAGCAAAUCAGUAAAGAAGUUGAUCUUUCUAAUGAUGCUCUUGUCAUCCGGCUGAAUGGUCUGAUACACAGUGAUGAUAAGAUAUCUCUGAAGUCUAUUACUGCUCAGAUGCAAUUAGAAAACGCUGUCGGCGAUCGUGUUUUCGGCACAUUCGCUGAGAACCUGGCCUUCCUGCUCAGCUGCCUGCAGAGCGGUGCCGACAGACGCUGCAAGAGUAUGCUCUUCAUCCUCGAGGAGUUUGACAUGUUCUGUCAUGUUGGACGGACGCAGACGCUGCUGUACAACCUGUUUGAUAUCACGCAUAGUGCGCAGGCGCCGAUGUGUGUGUUGGGUGUAACAAACCGCAUAGACGUUGUGGAACUAUUAGAAAAGCGUGUCAAGUCCCGUUUCUCACAUCGACACAUCUUCAUAUUUCCUAAUGAGGACUCCGAGGGGGCGCCACACGCCAAGUACAGAGAUAGAUUGGUAAAUACGCUUUGUCUGCCGAGGACUAAGACUGUUGCUACGCCGAAGAAAAAGGGAAGGAGUAGGAAGUCAACAGUGACAUCAGAAGACUUAAUGGAAAUAGACCAGGAGACGACCAGCCUACCUGACAGUAUACUAUCACGACACACAGACUUACAAAACUUAGACCAGGAGUUCUUGCAAGAUUGGAACGCUCAUGUGACCGGCUUGGCCGAGGAACAAAAGGUAUUGGAUUGUCUCGAGAAACUCUGCUAUUACACCGUUAAUGAGCAGAUAUUCAGAAAUGUUUUGUUUGAAUUAGUAUCAAAAUUAUCUGUAAACAAACCAUACAUAGACGUCUCAGAUCUAUCAGCCAUCAUAGACAAGACAGUCGCGCCGGAGCAUAGAGUGAAACUUCUACAAUCGUUGUCUAUACUCGAAUUGUCUCUGGUCAUCGCUAUGAAGCACGGAAUGGAGAUAUUUGACGGAGAACCCAUGAAUUUUGAAAUGGUUUUACAUAGAUACACAAAAUUCUCCAAUUCAAAUUCGUCAACGCAAACGGUCCCGCGCCCAGUAAUAUUAAAGGCCUUUGAACAUUUACAAGAGCUAGAAAUAAUAAUGCCGGUACGUACCACAGACUCAAUAUACAAUACCACAGACACGACAGCCAGUAGAGUUCAGAAAGAAUAUAAAUUAUUCACUCUGGCAAUACCGAGUGAUGAUAUUAGUGAAGCGGUGAAGAAUUUCAAGGCUCUACCGACGGAGAUUAGUCAUUGGUAUAAUAAUUCUGUUGUUUGAUGUGGUAAGGUUAUUUUGUUGUUGCUGGUAACACUGAGAUUGAAUUUUUGGUGUGAAAGUUGAUGUAAGAUGAAGUCAUGUUUUUUUAUUAUUUUAUGCGAAUUUAAAGCGUAUUUUUAAAUUAAUUUACAUUGGAAAGAGACUACACAAUAUUAACUUGUAGCAACAUUUAAAUUAUAAUUGAAAGUUCAGUUAUGGUUAUGGUUUUGAUGUGGUAACAUCGGAUUUUUGCUGUUUGUAAUACUGAGAUUGUUGUUUACUUUUAAAUCGAAUUUUUUGUUAUUUCAAGCUUACGUAACAGGUAGAUACUUGCAAAAAUGUUUAAUCUUAAUCAUUUAAUUUAAUCUGAAACUGUUAAAAGACUAUCACACAAUCAAUUUCUUGCUACACUUAAAAAUAAUUAGGAAAAGUACAAUAAAUAAUUACUUGGUAACACAGGAAUUGAAAUUCGUUAUUAUUAGUAAGUACAAUAUAUAUUGAUAUAUGAGGCUGAAAUGAAAAUAAUUUAUGUAAUCAUUAUUUUAUUCUAUCUUCUUUAACCUA